AUGGCGGGGACAAGGCUGGCGGAGGGAAGGGGCCGUGCUCAGCCUUUACGAGCCAUCAGAGAUGCCACCCCACGGGGGGGUGGUGCGGGGGCUCUGCCCAAGGCUCAGGGUCUCACCGCUGCCUUCCUCCUUUUGCAGAGCUCCUACCCCAUCUGGGAGGACUUCAACUCGAAGGCCACCAAGCUGCACUCCCAGCUCAGGACCACGGUGCUGGCUGCGGUCGCCUUCCUGGAUGCCUUCCAGAAAGUGGCCGACAUGGCCACCAACACCCGAGGGGCCACGAGGGACAUUGGCUCCGCGCUGACCCGCAUGUGCAUGCGACACCGCAGCAUCGAGACCAAGCUCCGGCAGUUCACUAACGCCCUGAUGGAGAGCCUGAUCAACCCUUUGCAGGAUAGGAUUGAGGACUGGAAGAAAACUGCCAACCAGUUGGACAAGGACCACGCAAAAGAGUACAAGCGAGCCCGCCACGAGAUCAAGAAGAAAUCCUCCGACACACUCAAGCUGCAGAAGAAGGCUCGUAAGGGUCAGCUGGGGAAAGGGGACCUGCAGCCCCAGCUGGACAACGCGCUGCAGGACGUCAACGACAUGUACCUGCUGCUGGAGGAGACAGAGAAGCAGGCGGUGCGCAAGGCACUCAUCGAGGAGCGGGGCCGCUUCUGCACCUUCAUCACCUUCCUGCAGCCCGUGGUGAACGGGGAGCUCACCAUGUUGGGGGAGAUCACCCACCUGCAGGGCAUCAUCGACGACCUGGUGGUGCUCACCGCCGAGCCCCACAAGCUGCCUCCUGCCAGCGAGCAGGUGAUCAAGGACCUGAAGGGCUCUGACUACAGUUGGUCCUACCAGACCCCUCCAUCAUCACCCAGCAGCUCUAGCUCCCGCAAAUCAAGCAUGUGCAGCAGCGUCAGCAGUGCCAAGGGUGGCCUCCCGUGGCCCGGGGGGGCUCAGACCUGCUCACCCAGCUCCACCUAUCGCUACCGCAGCCUGGCCCAACCGGCCAGCGCCGGCACGCGCCUCUCCAGCGUCUCCUCGCACGACUCCGGCUUCAUCUCCCAGGAUGCCGCCUACUCCAAACCGCCCUCCCCGAUGCCCUCAGACAUCACCAGCCAGAAGUCCUCCAGCUCGGCGUCCUCAGAGGCCUCGGAGACGUGCCAGUCGGUCAGCGAGUGCAGCUCCCCCACCUCGGAUUGGUCCAAGGCCAGCCCCUAUGACCAGCCCGUGGUCAGCACCAUACAGCGGCGGAAGGACCGCGUGGAGCACCUGCGGGAAGCCGAGAUGGGCUCAGCCACUGGCAUGUACCCAGCCAUGGGCAGUGAGGAUGCCCCCAGGCCUCGAAUGUCACCGGCCACCAUUGCAGCCAAGCAUGGCGAGGAGGUGUCCCCUGCCGCCAGCGACCUGGCCAUGGUGCUGACACGGGGGCUGAGCCUGGAGCACCAGAAGAGCAGCCGGGACUCACUGCAGUACUCCAGCGGCUACAGCACGCAGACCACCACCCCAUCCUGCUCCGAGGACACCAUCCCUUCCCAAGGUUCUGACUACGACUGCUACUCGGUGAACGGCGACAUGGAGUGCGACCCUCAGAGCGACUUCGACAAGUCCUCAACCAUCCCUCGCAACAGCAACAUUGCCCAGAACUACCGCCGUAUGAUCCAGACCAAGCGGCCCGCCUCCACCGCCGGGCUGCCCAGCGGCACCAACCUGCCGGCCGGCAGCACCCCGGGGGUGGCCACCAUCCGCCGCACGCCCUCCACCAAACCCUCGGUCCGCCGUACCCUCUCCAACGCUGGCCCCAUCCCCAUCCGCCCGCCCAUCGUCCCCGUCAAGACCCCAACGGUGCCCGAUUCACCCGUCUACGCCGGCCCGGCGCGGGUGGGCAGCGAGGAGUGCGUGUUUUACGCCGAGGAUGCCUCACCCAACCCAAUGGAUUUUGCCAAAGCGUCGCCCAAACGCUUGAGCCUCCCCAACGCGGCCUGGGGCGGCGGCGUGGCCGAGAUCUCCGUCUAUGCCGGCGCGGCGCAUCCGAUGGCCGCCGAUGAAGAGGAGGACCAGCAGCUGGCUGCCAACCGGCACAGCUUGGUGGAGAAGAUCGGCGAGCUGGUCGCUGGUGCCCACGCUCUGGGGGAAGGCCAAUUCCCCUUCCCCACCGCGCUGGAGGAGACCCCCGUGCCGCCCCCCGCGCCUGCCAUGGACCCCCCGGCCGAAGACAUGCUGGUGGCCAUCCGGCGCGGCGUGCGCCUGCGCAGGACCGUCACCAACGACAGGUCGGCCCCGCGGAUAUCGUGAUGACGCCCAGGGGGACGCGGGGACGACGGACGACGGGGCGGGCGAGGCCGGGACCCCGGGGUGCACGGGACCCCCGGCUGCAGCGGGCACGGCCCCCAUGUGUCCUCACACUCGUGAUCGCUUUCUGUUGUUCUUUCUUCUCCUCUUUUUCUUCCCUUCCUCCCCUUUUUGAUUUCUUCCGUUCGUUCAAUUGUGCACUCUUUUCUCGUGCUCUUUACCUGUGCUCUCUCCAUUCCCUUCUGGCUCUCUUCUCUCCGUCCCUCCCUCUCCACUCUCUCUAAGCUCUCUGCUCUAUCCGUCCUUGAGCUCUUUCUCACCCCCUCCAUCAUCUCCUUCACCUUACUUUACUCUCUUCUUCUUACUCUCCUUCUUUCCCUCCUCUUUUCCUCCUUCCUCUUUUCCUCCUUCCUCUUUUCCUCCUUUUUUCCUUCCCUUUUCCUCCUCU